CUCGCAAACGAUGUUGUUAAUAUUAACAGUCUAAUUUAGUUAUAGUUUAGAAUUUAACUGAAUUAUCUAGGAUAAGUACAAAUGGUCAGCAUAUCAACGGUUAACUGGCUUUUCGUAAGCGGCCUAUCCUUUUGCCUGGGUGGCAUUGCCGUGCUCAGUUUUAUGCCACUGAGUUCAGACUGCAUUUGCCCUCUUAAAAAUCCUUUUGCUAAUUCUCGAGAUGGAGAGAAAGCAGUUCUAACGGUACCAACGACAGCCAAAAGUAGGCAACCACAUGCCCACAAUGCAGCCAUUCACAAAAUGGCAGUUUUGGUGCCGUUUCGGGAUCGUUUCGAGGAGCUCCUUCAAUUCGUGCCACAUCUAACAGAGUUUCUACAACGCCAAGGUGUUGCCCAUCACAUAUUUGUACUGAAUCAAGUGGACAGAUUUCGUUUUAAUCGCGCUUCUCUGAUCAACGUGGGCUUUCAUUUUUCUAACGAAGUCUAUGAUUACAUAGCCAUGCACGAUGUAGAUCUCUUGCCCCGUAAUGACGAUCUGCUGUACGAAUAUCCAAGCAGCCUGGGUCCUUUGCACAUUGCUGGACCGAAACUGCAUCCAAAAUAUCACUAUGACAACUUCGUGGGCGGCAUAUUGCUAGUGCGACGUGAACAUUUUAAGAAAAUGAAUGGAAUGUCCAAUCAGUACUGGGGCUGGGGAUUGGAGGAUGAUGAGUUCUUUGUACGCAUUAGGGAUGCGGGUCUACAAGUCACGCGUCCUCAAAACAUUCAGACUGGCAUCAAUGACACCUUUAGCCAUAUUCACAAUCGCCAUCAUCGCAAACGAGAUACCCAAAAGUGCUUUAACCAAAAAGAGAUGACACGCAAAAGGGACCACAAUACAGGACUAGAUAAUGUUAAAUAUAAGAUACUCAAGAUCCAUGAGUUGCAGAUGGACGGCGUCGAUAUAACCGUGUUGAAUAUUCAGCUUGAGUGCGAUAUAAAUAAGACGCCGUGGUGCGAUUGCUCGGGCACAGCGGCAGCUGCAUCGGCGGUACAAACCUAGGGACUCCAUUGCCAUUUGACUGCGGCUAAUCUUCGCUGCUAAUAUUGAAAUUUAAUGAGUUGUGUCUCCGUUUUGCCUAGUCGAAUUCUAAACUUUUUUCUAUGUUUGUAUGUAAAUAAAUAGUUAUUAAGAACAAAGAAACACUAUACAGUUAAUAGCCUGAAUCGUGUACUCGAUCCAACAGAGGCGGAAAAUAAAAUUCCGCGAAUCGAA